ACCACGCAGCACGAGAGGAGCAAAACUCCUGCAAUCUUUGCUGCCCCGGAAUCGCGUGCGCUUGAUCAGUGUCUCUCUGCUCCGGUGCUCCCAUAACUCCGAUCAAAGGCAAUCCCUCCGGCGAAGGACUCUGAAACCAUCAUCAUGCAACACGGAGACUACAGCUCAUCUCCUUAUUACCAAUUCCCUCAGAUGCAGAACCCAAUUCCCAAUUCUAAUCCUAACCCUAACCCUAUCCCUCCUGAUUCAGUCCCAAACCAGUACGCCUCCGCUCCUCCUUUCACCUCUGAUUACUCGCCUUACGCCUCUACUUAUCCUCCAUACCCUCAAAAUCCCGAUCCUCCUAUGCCAGUCCCUCCCACUGCCCCUUCAUAUCCUCCAACCUCCAACCCCAAUUUGAACUCCUUCAGUUCUCCUCCCCAACCUUCCUCUUUUCCUCCGUUUGAGUCGCAUGUCCCGUAUCAACAACCUCCACAGCAACAAUGUCAAUAUCCCCCGUAUGAUCAACAUCAAACGGCUCCAAGUUAUGCCCCUUCUUCCUCUGCAAUUCCUCCUAACCCCACUCCCAAUUCCUUAACGUCGUCCUUCUAUCCAUCUUCGUACACCCAUCCGGGAUCGUCGAUUCCCCCCACGUACGAGAGUCCAUACGAGAAUUCCCUGAAAUUUGAUUAUGGUGGUGUUUAUGUCGAUGACAAGUAUGGAAGCCUUAAUCGGAGCCGGUCUGAUUUGGGGUCAGAUUUGUAUGGAAAGCGGCCGGAUACGAGGCAUGAUACUGUUCGUGAUGAUGUUUAUGGAGACGGUGUGUAUGCCUAUAGAGGGGCCGAAACGGAACCAUAUGGAGCACGGGGUACGGCUCCUAAGUCCUCAACUUGGUCCGGUUUUGAUGAUUAUGGAAGGUCAAUUAGUUUUCCCGCUGCGAAGGAACCCUCUUUUUCAAACAAGGUUGUGAAAGCUGUGCCGAAGGCUGAUGCCCAAGAGGAUAUUAAGAGUGGAGUGCAGAAAUUUCGUGUCAAGCUAUUGGCAGAGAGUGGUGGUCAGAGCACUAUGGAUGUUCUCUGUCAGAUUGGUUUGGAUGGAAUUCGUAUGCUGGAUCCAAGUACCAGCCGGACGUUGAGAAUUUAUCCCCUUGAGAACAUCACGAGAUGUGACAAAUUCGACUCGACUACCCUUGCAUUUUGGUCCAAAAGUCCAGUUGACAUUGAGCCAAGACGAAUCAGAUUGCAAUCCAAUAGUUACACCACCAACACUCUCUUGGAUACAGUUACUGCUGUAAUCAUACAGUUCAAGGAAAUGGGGGGAAAUAGGAGGCCUGUUGAAUCAUUGAAAACAAAUGAACAACCUACAGAAAAGAAGAAAGGCCUUGUUGAUUGGAUGAAUAUGAUCAAACCUGCCAAUGAGGAGAAAGAUCAUUGGGUCCCAGAUGAAGCAGUUUCAAAAUGUACAGCAUGUGGGACUGAUUUUGGGGCUUUUGUUCGUAAGCAUCACUGUAGGAACUGUGGGGAUAUUUUCUGUGACAAAUGCACACAUGGUAGAAUAGCUCUAACUGCUGAUGAGAAUGCCCAGCCAGUGCGAGUUUGUGACCGAUGCAUGGCAGAGGUGACACAGAGGCUCAGUAAUGCUAAAGAGGCUGCAAACAAGCCUGUAUUGCAAAGUCAUGAGGAUCUUGCGAGGAAACUUCAGGAGGAGCUGGAGAGGAAUCGGAGGACAUCAGGUUCCAAGUCUGAUGGAUCUGGAAGACGGAUGAAGGAAGUUGAAUGCCCCACUUGCACAGUCCAUCUGCAGGUCCAAGUACCUAGCUCGGGCUCAGAGACCAUUGAGUGUGGGGUUUGCCAGCACCCAUUUCUUGUUAGUGCACAUUGAGUUCGGAUGACUUUGGUACAUAAGAUGUCUAUACGGGUCAACAUUGUAUAAUGAGUUAUUUUACUUAUUGAUUUCUUGCGCAAUAAUGGUUGGUGAUUGCAUUUGUCGUUUGAGCAUUAAUUAACUUCUUCGGCUUGUUUCCCAGACUUCGUUGAGUUGCGUUUUUCUCUCUUCUUUUAGCUUGGUUUGCUCAAGUGUUCUCAUCUUCACUGCUGAAAACCGUCCCUACUUGUUUUUGUGGAUACUGAACAUUCAUGUACAGUUAUUUUUAGUUCAAUAUAACUUGACUGCUUUGAAACGAUA